UCUUCCAGAUAGAUCCCGAGGAACAGAUGCGCAAAAAGUUUCGCGCUAAAUGUCAGUUUCGCGCGCUCGGGCGACUGGUUCUUGCGAACCGGUACUGGCUCAUAGAGGGCGUUGACGAGUACAAGGGUGUAGACGACGUAAAGCGGCGGGUGACGCAAGUCAUCAGGACAAAGCAACUGAAGAAGCGGUUGUUAGAUAUACAGGACAAAGCCUUGCUGAAUAAGCCUGCGGCAGAACGUACGCACCAGGAGCAGCAAUAUCUCUACCGGAAAUUAGGUGAUUUGAAGUGCUUCAAACGAUAUCCCAAGAACGUUAGAAGAAAGCUGGCAGCGGCGACAUACUUCAAAUACUACGGUCCGAACCGCGUGAUCGUACGUCAGCACCACGAGGCCCACGCCAUGUACUUCAUAGUGAAUGGAGAAGUAACCAUGAGCCAGCUGUUCUACGACGACCUGCUGCAGCAGUACGUGUCCGUGGACAUGGACAUCGCCACCGCCGGAGACAUGUUCGGAGAAGUCUCGCUGCUGCACAACACGCCGAGAACUGCUACUGUCAUUACUAACAGCCACUGCGAGUUGCUGGCAUUGAUGAAGGAAGACUUCAAGUACGUGCUGCAGGCGCUGGUGCAGAAGCAGUGGGAGGAGGUGCGGCGCGCCAUGUCCGCGUUCACCUACUUCGACGGGCUCGACGAGAUGACCAGACGCGAAGGUUGUAUAACAGCCAAAAUGAAGUCGUACGCGCCGAAUGAGACGCUGCUCGGCGACGGCGAGGGUGUGGCCAACUUCGUCUACUUCGUACUCUCGGGGCGCUGCCAGAUGAUUGAGUCGCUGCAAAUUAACGUCACUACGCACCUCGGUCGCAACCAUUAUACAUUGUACGAUCCCUUUGUACCAACGCAAGAACAAGAACUCUCUAUAGAAAAAAAAUGGUUUGGAAACAAAGGCCCCAGCGUAGUAAUGAAAUCCGACACCGAUGAAGCACCCUCGCGUCAUCAAGGAACAUCUAAACUCCACGGCGUCCUGAAACAUACGACGUCGCAGAGACGUGACGUCCGAGAGAGUGACACCAACACCAAACUAGGGUGGAGCCAAAUGAUCACAGAAGGGACUGAUGAUGAAGACACGGCUGUCUCGAAUAUUGUAUUGAAGCCGCCUAGCGAAAUUUUAUCCCGAGAUGGAAUAACUUUUACCAGGUCUUUUUGUUUCGUAGAUUGGUUAAGUCCGGUCCUAUCCGAACCGAUCCUAGUUCCCGAACCUGAAAUGCCACAAAAGCCAAAGGCUCCUCCAGUUAAUUUGCGAACGUAUUUCAUGCAGGUGGUUAUCUUCAACCCUGGGUCCACGUUCGGUUUCGGUGAGAACAUGCGCGACCGGCGCAUCGUCGCGCUCACGCCCGUCGACUGCAUGCUGCUGCCCAAGGUCUGGCUGCUGCAGCGGAACACUGCCAACAUCUGGACACGAAUACAGCACUAUCUCGAGAAGAAGAUCCCGACAAAGAAGCAACUAUUCAAAGAGUUCGUGUCAGCGCGCCGCUGGCAGGAGUACCGCGACCAAGUGGUGUCGGACGUGGUGGCGCGCUCCAAAGCUGUCAACUUCACCACUGUGCACGACGUGCCUUACUCGAUACGCAUGGAGGAGAUGGUCGAUAUUUAGAGUUAGAUGCUCGCAUUAAGUCAUUGACUAUAAUAAAUCUACAUAAACGGUAA